GAUCAUUUUAAUGAAUUGUAUUCCAAUCCAACUUUCUCAUUAAUUCAUCUUUCAUUACACAUAGACUCUCUCUGUCUCUCUCUCUCACACACUUCUCUCCUUCUCGAUUACGCGUCUAAUACCAAUACCAUGACUCGCUUCGUUGCUCUCUCUCGCCCACUUGCCGCUGCCGCCCGUGUUCAAGUCACUCGUUCAGCUCUUGCAACUCGCGCUGCUAUUCAGAUCCGUCAUUACUCUGCCGAUCACCACGAGGAAUCAUUUGAGGACUUUACAGCUCGCUUUGUCAAGUUCUUUGACAAUGUGGAUGAUUUGUUUGAGCUUCAGCGUGGAUUGAAUAAUGCUUUUGGUUAUGAUUUGGUUCCUGCGCCUUCAGUUAUCGAGGCUGCUCUCAAGGCUGCUAGACGCGUCAAUGAUUACCCUACAGCUGUCCGUAUCUUUGAAGGAUUGAAGGUCAAGACUGGAUCGGAUGCUAUUUACAAGCAAUACUUGGAUGAGCUGGCUCCUCUGAGGGCUCAGUUAGGUGUUGAUACCAAAGAGGAACUUGGAUUUUAAAAAAGUAACAACAACAGCGACAACAACAACAACAAUGACAGCAGCAGCAGCAGCAGCAACAUUGACAUCAUCAGCCGCAAAGAGCAACAAUAUUUUUGUACAGUUUCAGGAGAGUAUUGAAGAAGAAGAAAAAAAAAAUGGCCAGAAAAAAAGUAGAGAAAAGGAGGUUCAGUUGAUACUGCAAUAAGCGACAUAAUACAAUACAGCAAUACAAUGUUUGCAAUGCUUCCUCUGUUGAAAAACUAGUGCAGCAACACAUAGAGUUGACCUUCUUGACUCUUUCUUUCUCU